AUGGAAACUUGGAUGCGAGAAAAUUAUGCUUUAAUCAGGUCGGCUGAUCGUUGGCUUUCACUACCAUGGGGUCGGACUGUGACGAAUCAGAUGCAGCGGCAGAAUUCACAUCUUCAGGGCAAGAGUCGUAACACACCGAAUGAGUCACCGCGUACAGUAGAGCCAAACGAGCGUUCGAUUGAGGUUGAAGACCGCGCACCGCCUCCCAACUUUGAGGUUCCAGAGCAGCAUCCUUCCCCUGAAGAGCUUAUCCAAAGGGGUCAGUAUCUUGUCGACUGCCCUAGCUGGCUCGCCUUUCUGGGCGAGGAUAAACGGUUGCAAUAUUCCAACCACUUCAUCAGCCGGAACGACAAAAUCUGGGAACUCAUCUCAACGGAAAUACGCUAUGUGGAUUUGCUCGUGAUGAUACGGGAUGUCUUCUUGAACGCCUUUCCGCCAAGACGUGAGGACUCCCUGAAUCUGAAUGAGAACCUCUUCCCCCACCUGGAUGAAGUGCUGAAGAGCCAUACACUCCUUCUCUGCUACAUGCUGGAGGCCCAUAACGCUAGGCCAGAUCACAUUACCAACAACCUUGGACAGUGCUUCAUCAAAGCUUUAACGGAAAAUAUGCUUUACCGGCUGAUCGAAGCCUACGGUGCACUGAUGUUUGUCCAAUCAUCUCUCACCGAGAGCCUCAAUAAACUAAAGGCCAACCGCAACUUAGCAGAAAAGUUGAGCGCAUGCGAAAGAGAACCGCGGACCAAGAGGCGGAAUAUACCUGACUGUUAUAUGAUUAUUAUACAGCGUUGGACUAAGAUUGAGACGCUCCUAUCGGGAAUCAUAUCAGACACUAUUGUUCAAGAUGACUCAACUGAGCUUGACGACCUUAAUACAUCCCGAAGGGCAGCACAGGGUCUGCUUCUAGGUGCGCAGCAGAAAAUGACCGAUCUGGUGCAUGCAGAGAAGCUGCGUUACUUUGCGGACAACCUGAAGGAGGAUUGGGUCGACGUCGACAGCAGCAAUACGAAACACAAAACCCUCCUAGAAUGGAUGAAAGCCUCGGAUGCAAAGUUAAUUAACUACGACAAACUGGCUGUUCAGGGCCGCAAGGAAGGUGGUAAACCGUGCAACAUUGAACUCCAUGGUGUGGCGCUCAAAGAUUGCUUCUUCCUCCUUCGACAAGACCCCGAAACUGGGAAAUUCUCUCUUUAUCGCGAUACAAAUAUGCCUCCUAUUCUCAUAUGGACCAAGCACUUCGGGUACUUCCGCGAUCAAGCCGGUUCACCGCUUACGUUCAUCAUUCUCAUGGACUCAAAGAACGCUGCGCCGACUUUGAGCAAAUUCGUCUGCUCCACACAUGACGAGGUCGCUCGGUGGCAAAAGGUAUUCACAGAAGGAUUUGACAAUUUCGGCAAAGUAGACGAGCCAGAAGUGGAGAGUAUGCUGCUGCAAAAGAAUACUAGAGUGCUUGAAGCAGCAGAAGAACGCAGGAAGCGACAGGAGGAGAAAUUGGAGUUAAUAAGCCAGCUAACUACCGAUAUAUUCGCUCAAUGGGAUGUUCGAAAUACGGUCUUUAGGACGCUCUUCGUUGACGAGGGUCUUACCACAUCAGCGUCGCGGUCAAAUAGCGGAUGUUCAACGAACAGGGAACAGCAACUAAAUCGACGCUCUUUGACCAGCCAAUCGGACAUCCAACAGGUUGAUGGUGAACAGAUGAGAGUGCGUAGUCUUCAUGAGAGAUUCAUGAAAAGUGUCAUGCGCCUGGCUAACUUAUGCGGUGAGGCGGACUCUACGUGCCUGAGUCGCAGCGCCUCCGAUGCUGCCGAUCGUCGCCCUUCUUGCUCCAGCAUCACGACGCCGACGCCCGACACCAGCGGUGGCACCGACUCUUCCAAAAAGCGCCCUGAAAAAGAAGGCGUUACCUCUCGAAUUAAACCCAAGUCCCAAAACCGGCUUUCCAAUCUGUUGCGAACGGGUAGUCGCCGUCGUGCCGAUGGCUCCGCAAGUCUUGCCGCCUCCACGGACUUUCAGCGGGACUACCUGUCCUCCGAUCUAGACCGUUCCGAGGGCACUUCUGAGUCCUCCCUAACGUGUCUCGCUACUCCUGCCCUCCUCAUAGCGGACAUCCAGGAGCUCGCUCGCUCCCUUCUUGAAAACUACGAUGGACAGCAUAUACGCUGUUUGGAGUUGGAAAAAGAUAAUCUCCGUCUAAAAACCGAAGUCGAAAUAACUGGAGGACAAACUUCAAUCAAUAUGAAACGCGAGUUGGAGUGUCUGCGGUCCCUUCAAAAGAAGACUGAGGAUGAACAAAAUGCGUGGAACUCCCACAAACAGAAAGAGGAGGCACGGCUUGAGCGAGAGGAUCAGAAAUUAAAGAACCUGGCUAAAGAUCUUGGGGAGAAGCAAAAGCAAUAUGAAGAGGAUAGUAGAACUUUGCAGGAGCUUAUUGACCUGCAUGCUCGUCGUGGUGUCGACGUGAGUCGACUGAGAGGGCACGGAUCGAACACCAAUUUGUACGCCACCCCGCAGCCGGAGUUUGGCAGGAAUCUUAACUCCUACCUCUCUCAUGGUCCGUCCUCUCGAAGCGAAGGAGAUAUGGAUCCAGGAGAAAGGCGGACUGUGGACCGCGCUAGUCUUCCGCCUUCAACAAAGACCCGUGCUACUUCCAACGAAAGUUCACGCAGAAGGCACGGGAACUAUCCCCUGAACCUUCAUAAUUAUCCGCUACUAUUCAAACACUGUUCCGUCGAGACCUCCAGCUGGCCCGCAUUCGGUCGUAGAGUCACAGAGACACAUGAGCACGACAAGCUCAACACUCGGCAGUCUUCCCGCAAAACUUGCCUCCAAGUCACGAAGCUCCAAAAGCUAUCUGCGGCACUAGCACCGCCUACUGCCUCCCUCUCACCCCACUCAGUCCUCGCUCACCUCGCACUGAACGAUAACCCAAGGUCCGACUUGCGCCUUCUCGAUUAUGGAAAGUUACAGCCCUUGUCAAAACUGCUGUUCUCUAUCCCUUCUUUGCCAUGCUCAAAUGUUAUCUUUUGCUACUUUGCGGCUCUAAAAUACGCAAAAUGUUUAGCGUACCAAUACAAAUACGACGUUGGGAAGCAGGACUAUCCCACUGAACCCUAG